AUCAGUGUAUAUAACUUUUCUCAUAUUUUAUCACUAACCUUUGAUAUCAGAUCACAACAAACCAUAGCUCUAGUGAUGUCCGCCCCUUACAAUUCCUUACGUUCACUUACCGUCCCCGCCAAAAGCAUAAUAACCGUUAUUUCAAAAAACUUACAUACCCACAAUCUGUUCGACGAAUUGCCCCACCGAGACCUCUACUCUCUUAACGCCCUUCUAGUCUCAUACAUUCGCAAUGACAAUGCUCCUGCCGCAUGGACUCUCUUCCGUGACAUGCACUGCACACGCUCCGACCUCAAUGCAUACACUUUUACUCCGGUGUUGGGCGCGUGCUCAGCGUUGUCAUCGGCCAUUGAACGUGGCAAGCUAGUACAUGGGCUUAUGAUCAAAACGGGUACGGACAUGGGAACCGUGACAAAAACUGCACUCAUGGAUAUAUACUCCAAAAAUGGGUACUUGGGUGAGUCGGUUAAGGUUUUUGAUGAGAUGGAAUCCAGGGACAUUGUGACUUGGAAUGCUUUGCUUUCCAGCUUUUUACGCGUGCAGGGUCUUGCCAAGGAAGCGCUUGGAGUUUUUGAAGCAAUGAGGAAGGAGGGAGUGGAGUUUAGUGAGUUUACUUUGUGUUCUGUGCUUAAAGCUUGUACCUUGUUGAAGGCCUUUCGUCAAGGUAAGCAGGUUCAUGGGUUGGUGGUUGUGAUGGGCCGUGAUUUAGUGGUAUUGGGUACUGCUUUGAUUGAUUUUUACUCUGCUGUUGGGUGCAUAGAGGAAGGUAUUAAAGUGUUUAACAGUUUGGAUCGUAGAAGGGAUGAUGUGAUGCGCAAUUCUUUGAUUUCUGGGUGUGUUAGGAAUCAAAAAUAUGAAGAGGCAUUCUCAAUUAUGUGUAUGAUGAGUCCCAAUGUUGUUGCACUUACUAGUGCUCUUGCAGGUUGUUCUGAGAAUUCCGAUUUGUGGAUUGGAAAGCAGAUACACUGUGUUGCGUUACGUCAAGGGUUCACAUUCGACACCCAGUUAUUCAAUGUUUUAUUGGACAUGUACGCGAAAUGUGGGAAACUGUUUGAAGCUCGGUCAUUGUUUGAUGGAAUUUGCAAUAAAGAUGUGGUUUCCUGGACAAGCAUGAUUGAUGCAUAUGGAGGCCAUGGACAUGGGCUUGAAGCUCUUGAGCUGUUCAAGAAGAUGGGGGAUGAAGUUAGUGGGGUCUUGCCAAAUUCUGUUACAUUUCUUGCUCUUUUAUCAGCUUGUGGGCAUUCAGGACUGGUGGAGCAAGGCCAAGAAUGUUUUAAUUUAAUGAGGGUGAAGUAUGGUCUGAAUCCAGGACCAGAGCAUUAUGCCUGCUUCAUCAAUAUCUUAGGCCGGGCAGGUCUGCUAGAUGAAGUAUGGUGUUUAUAUAAUGAUAUGAUUAAGCAUGGUACUACGCCUACUGCAGCCGUAUGGGCAGCACUAUUGAAUGCUUGCAGUCAUAACUUGGAUGUAACAAGGGGCGAAUUUGCUGCAAACCAUCUAUUGCAAUUAGAGCCAAAUAAGCCAGGGAAUUAUGUACUUAUAUCAAACUUUUAUGCAACCGUUGGAAGGUGGGAUUCUGUAGAUGAGUUGAGAAGCAUUAUGAGCACAAAAGGACUGGUCAAGGAAGCUGGGAGUAGCUGGAUCACUGUAACACGCUGCCAGGAGAAUGCUGUCAUGCAUGGUUUGAAAAUCAAAGAGUCUAGAAAAGGAGAACAUUUCAUGUAUGGUUGAUCAAGUUAGGCAUUUGUUCCAUAUCAAUCUUGUAGAAAUUUUUUGUAGUGGCCAAGCAAGGUAAGAUUACUCUUAUUUGCCUAACCUUAACAUUCUUUUUUGUAAAGUCAACUUGUCACCAACUCAUCAGUAUCUGUUCUUCUGCUCAUCAAUCAGCGGGAACACCAAUUAUCUGCUUCUCUUUCAAAAACUUUGGUGUGAUUAUCAGGGCUUAAGAAUUUCUUGUACUCACAAUAACUAAUUUGUUUAGAGGUAUGGACAGAUGCAUUUGGCUUACUCAUCCUCUUUUAAAUAAUGAAGAUGUUAGGGGAUUAGCCAGAGUCUACAAAUUAAGCUUACAUAUAUACAUUGCUUCAGAAAUAAAUUUCCUGCUUGAUGUACAUAGGCCAGCAACAUGCGGAAGUAUGUCUAUUUCAGUUGCAAAUAUCAACUAUUACUAUAAUUCAGAUCAAAUGUCCUAAAAUCUCCACAAUUCCAAGUUUUCCCUUUCAUAUGUUGGAUGUCUGUGUUAGAUUUUAUACCUUAAACAUAAAUGGAUGGGCAAGAGAAGCAGUUACAUGAAUAAAUGGGGUGCUUCUGGAGAUGUAAAUUUAGGAGGUGAGAUUCUAUGAAAAAUAAAUUGUGGAAUUUGAGUUGUGGAUUGGUUCAAUCACACUUAAAUGAGUUUUAUUUUAUUUUAAUUUGGUGGAACUAUUUAGUUUUGAUUAUUUUAGUUCAGGUAUUUGAGAAAGGAUAUGAUAAUCAUGGACUUAGAAAAUUACUUCAACUUUGACGCUUUUAGGAAAGUGCAAAAAUUUUCAGAUAGGAGAUAGUAACAAUUUUUUAUUCAUGUUGUUCCCUUUUUCCUAUUGUAAACAAGGUGUCAUUGUUUUUGGUUUAG